AUGGAAACUCUAUUAACCUCUUCGCGAACGAAAAAGCAGCCCACUGUCCAGUCAUCUGAACAAUUCAUGAAUGCACCUUUCACUUGCUGUUCCAUCAGUACUGAUGGCAGUCUAAUUUGUUGUGGCACAGAAGUUUACAGAUUAAAAAAAAAGCGUCGUAAACAUAACAACUGCAGAAACAGUAGUGAAUGCGAUGAGGAAACAGCUCACAUAGUUUAUUGGGACACACGAAAUCUGUCAAACCCAUUGGGGAGUAUUAAAGAUUUGCAUUCGGAAGAUAUAGUUGACGUGAAAUUCGACCCUACUUCUGUCCCCGGUUAUCUACGUCUAAUGGAUUGCUCUGAAGAUGGCGUAGUAUGCUUAUAUGAUAUGAAAGCAGAGGCAGUGUCACAAGACGAUUCACUUUUAUAUAUGUUCAAUUCAGAAUCAGUGGCUAGUUCAUGUGACUGGUUAACAUUGUAUAAUGAUCGAUCUUCUAAUGCCAAUAUUGUUGGUGUCUAUUGUACAACUACAAUGCGAUCAAGUAUUAAAGCAUGGCCAAUACAUCCAUCAAUGUUACAUAAUAAUAAUAAUGAUAAUAAUAAUAACAAAGAAGAAAAAGAAAAAGAAUUCAAUUUAUCUGAAAAAGAUGAAAAAGAACUAAAUGAGAAAACACAAUUAUGGAAUUCUAAAUUUAAUACAAAUAAACAUGACAUUAGUGAUAAUAAUAAUAAUAAUAAUACUGAUAUUUUAAAUGGUAAAAAUUUUUUCAACAUGAUUCUUGUUCAUAAUGAUGAAUUUCUACUACUCGGUAACAGUAAUAAAAAUGAUGUAGAUAGUGAAGAUUAUCCAACUGUUUUCUAUUCAAAUCACCAAUCAAAUUGGACAAUGUCUUGUUUGCCAUCAUCUAUCACGAAGACUAAUUCUCAAUCAAUCAAUAAUAAGUUUAAUUUACAAUAUGCAGAUUUUUUAGGCAAACUAACCGAUAUUGAUAGUAAGAAUGAUACUUUAAAACAAUUAUGCUUUAUGGUUGGUUCACAGUCAACUGUUCUAUGCUCUUAUGAAAUACCAUCAUCAUCAACUUGA